AUGUCCGCCCCGAACAAAUGCUGGGCCCCAUUUUCCCUGAAGUUCAUGUCCUUUACUUGUACAUCACAUCCGACCCUCCAAAAGCUAAGAACAGAAACCAAUCAAUCCUCCCAACACCAACACCGCAACAGCAACAACCAGCGCCGCCGCGCCAUGUCCUCCGCCUCCCCAUCCACGGCAAUGCCUCGCCUCUUCAACCACCAUGCCUAUUGGUGUCACGAAUGUGAUAUGAGCAUCGGGCUCCCUCCUUCCCCCACUCCGAAUGCCCUCCUCUGCCCUCACUGCCACCACGAUUCCCUUGAACAAAUGGACUCUUUUGCCCCUUCCCCUACCAUUGACACCCCUAGCCACCCCACCUUAACAGCCCCAGAUGAUAACUUCCUCCUCACAAGCCCCUACCUACACCGCCUCAUCCACCUCGCCGCCCCCACCUCCAAUUCGCACUCAAACCCUGCCCCUAAAUACGCCAUAGACUCCCUUCAAGAAAUUACUAUCACCCAAGAAUUGCUCGAUGCUGACCCGAAUAUGUUGUGCCCGGUUUGUAAGGACCCGUUUCACUUAAAUGCCUCCAUGAAAUUGAUGCCGUGCAAGCACACCUAUCACCCUGAUUGUAUUGUUCCGUGGCUCGAGAUUAAUAAUUCUUGCCCGGUUUGUCGGUUUAGGUUGCCGAUGAGCGAGGAGAAGUACGGGGAGAGGUUGGAUGGUGGGGAGAGGUACGUGGGGUUGGUGAGGCUUGAGGAAUUGGUGGAUGAUGAGGUUGAUUUGUUCGGUUUUAGGAAUACUCUUAGACACAUUGCGAGGAGGCAUCGAAGGGAUGAAGUGGGGAUAAUGGAAGAAAAUAUUGCGAAUGGGAGUGAUGAGAAUUUGUUCUCCCCUACACAAAUUGGGGAAGUGGAGAGAGGGGAGGGAGUUUUGGAGAGGGAGAAUAGUGUGGAGACUGUGUCGAGUUGGCCGAGGGGGCAGGUGGAGGAAGGAAGUGGUGGUGGAGGAAGCACAAAGUUAGAGGUAAUAAAUAGUCAUCAUGGUUAUUCCCGGUCAUCGUAUCGCCAAUAA